GGUCACUAGGGACGAGUAUAUAACGAUAGUCUUCACACCAUAGAUGAUCAGUAGUGGGCUUAAAUCGAUACAACUCUGGUAACAAUAUCGCGACAAUUAAAUAUCAUAUGAAGUCCACGAUGUUGCUACUGUGGACGUUAUCGGCUCUUCUGGCGGCUGCUCAGGCCAGUGUCUGGCCUUAUCAUGGAUCAGUGGGAUGGGUUCCAGCAACAGGUACAUCAUAUGGAGCUGCACCAUCAGUCGCCUUGAGUGAAGCAUAUGCACAAUCAAAUGCCCAUGCUCAUGCUACUAGUGUUGCCGGAGGUUCGAACAACAUUUACACACCAAUUUACUAUAAGGGACUAGGUAGUCAAUCAGCAGUAUCAAGCGCAUCAGCUCAUUCUUCCGUAGGUUCUGCAAUUUCUAGAGGUUCUGCCUACGUAGCUGCUCCUUCAAGAGGACCAGUCACAAUAGUAGGACCCUCAUUGCAUCCGGUGUCAGUUAUUGGAUCCAACAGUGGUUCAGCAGUAGCAAAUUCCAUAGCUGGAGGAGGUUCAGCGGGAGCAACUGCAGUGAUUGGACCAACAUCGGUACCAGUUUCAGUAGUUGGUCCAUCAUCUGGUCCAGUAUACAUCACUGGAUCCGGAGAUAGUUCAGCAAGUGCUCAUGCACACGCUAAUUCGGCUUAUGGUGUCGCAUCGUCCGGUGCAUCCAUAGGACCAUCUACCGGACCUGUGUACAUUAAAGCUCCAGUUGCUCCGCCAACCAUAUAUCGAGCCCCAAUUGUCAGGCCUGCACCUGUAAUUGUAAAAAGCAGACCAGAGCCUGUUAUUUGGUGUCCACCAGAAGUGACAGAAUGGAAACUCCCAAAACCAAUUGCAAUUUAUCCCUCACGUGUUGAUCCCAUUUUUGUAGCAGGGCCAUCAGCUGGAAGUGUUGCAAUCACAGGUCCCACAGCACCUUCUGCUAUUAUUUCUGGUCCCUCGGGAACAAUUGCGACUUCCGGUGGAUCAGCGUGGCCAGGAAUCAAAUACUGGUGAUCAAAUACUGGUCCGGAAAAAAAAAAUGUGAUCAUAUUCAACGAUGUAUAAACUUGUGCGAAAUUGACGAUAACGCUUAUUACGUGUACGAAAAAUCGAAAUAGUAUUUUUUUAUAGUUUAUUAAAUUACUCUUGAUAAA